AUGUCCAAAAACAACCCUGACAUCCCUGAAGACGACAGAUCCGAGCUCCAAGACCCCAAAAAAUCCCCUCCAGAUUCCCAAAAAUCCAACAGAGACUCCACCUCCAAACCCCACGCAAACCCCUCUACCCAACCCAGCCCUCCUGAAGAGUCCAAAAAGAAACAGUCCCCAUUAACGCCCAAACCUCCACCCAAGAAGAAGAAAAAAUCACAGAAAGCUCCAGAAGGCCUUGAGAUAGUAGAAGAGUUACAGAGAGAUUUGGUCGUGAGAGAUGAAACUAUUAAGGAACUGAAUCUGAAGGUAGUUGAAGUACAAGCACAGCUUAAAGAUGCACUGAUGAAGGCAGAGAAGAGUGGAAAUGUAAAAAGAGAUUAUAAGAUUGCACAUAUGGAGGAUGACCUUAGGCAUGCCAAGAAUGAUUUAGUCAUUAAUUCACAACAGAUUGAGAAGUUCAUGGAGGAAGGCACUAAAACUGUUAAUCAGUAUAUUGAGAAAUAUGAGAAAGCUGAAGGGCAAAUAGGACAACUUAAAGAUGAGCUUGCUAUAAAGCAGAAUCUUCUGAAAUAAUAAAGAUGAAGUCUAUAGAAGAGUUAUAGCUGAUCUGCAGGAAGCCCGGAAGAAUAUUGGUAUUCUCCAAGUUCAAAAUGUGAAACUUGAGAAUAAAAAUACCAAGCUUUUGCAGAAGAUAGAAGAUUUAAAAGAUGAGAAGAUCUUACUCGAAGAUAGACUGAUAGAGCUAGAUUCUACAUCUGCUAAAAUCAAGAAGCAAAAUAUGCUGGUUGAGGAAUUUAACUCAAAAUAUUACGGUAUCAGCAUUUCUGAAAUUGGCAACGAAAUCAACAAGCAAAUGUUCGAAUUAAUGGUAAAACUUCGUAAAAAUCAUCUGUACAAUUUAAUCAAAAAUGGGAAAGAUCUUCGGUUUCUCCUUGAAGAAGAAGGUAGAGGAGACCUGAUUACAAAACUUUCUAAGUUCCACGACCUAAAAGACUUUGAGCCAGAAAACUCCAAAGAGCAGAAAUCCGUGAAGAAAGAGAAUAAACCAAAGGAUCAAAAUAAGGAUCUUAAGGAAGGCAAGAAAAAUGGUCCAAAAGUUAUCAGAAAAGGAGGUGGCUUUGUCCUUGAAAAAGAUGACGAAGAUACCAAGAAGAAAGACAAGAGUAACUCAAAGAAGGCAGCAUUUAAAUCUAAGAAUCUGAAGGACUCUAUGAGUACAAAGGAAUGGACAGAAUUCGUCUGGAAGGCUAAAAAGAACAACCCUGUCCUUAAAAGACUUAUGAACAUCAGUAAAUAUCAUAAAAAAGACAAGAACGGAUUGUUUAAGAAGCAAGCUGAUCUUGCUGAAAUAUUGACUAAGGGAAUUAAUCUCACUAAGAAAAACUCUUUCUUCGGUAAAGUUUUCAAAUCCUUCAAGAGAAAGCCAAAUGAUGAGAAUUUGAUCAAGGAAAAUAAGAAAUUAUCUGAAAGGAUGGAUACUUACUCCAAGUUAUUAACAAUGUCUGUCUCUGAAAUCAUCAAAUAUGUCUCUGAAGCGAAAGAAGGAAUUGAGAAGAUUGAGCAGAAAUACAGUGGAUUUUUCUCCCUUAAAGAUCCCCUUGUAAUCGAGAGAAUUACCGAAAAGAAAGAGGCUAAAGAAGAAAUGGAUCCUCUUGUGAAACUAAAGCACAAGGAAAGAGAAGUAGAUGAGCUCAGAGACCAACUAAAUCACAUUAAAAUACAGAUUACUGAUGUGGAGAACGACUAUGAAAAGUGCUCUCAGAAACAGUUAAUGUACAAAACAAAGCUUGAUCUGUCAAAACAAGAUGCAGAUGAAGUCAAGAGAGAAUACGAAGUAAGAAUCCACGAUUAUAAGCAAGCUCUCUAUGAAAAAGAUGAAGAAACUACAAAACUUCAUGAGGCAAUUAAGAACAUGGAAAAGGAAAUCCGUACCAAAGAAACUGCUAAGUCAGGUUCUAGCUACGAAUUAGAGUCAACAAAGAAGAAGCUGAAUGAGGCUCGUCACCAUCAAGAUAUGCUGACCAAGAAGGUCCAAGAGUAUGAGGAGGUGGUUAGGGUAAUCAAUACGAACCUGAAGAAGAACAACUCAGAAAGUUCCGAAGCCAGCACUGUCUCAAAGCAUAAGUUAAAAGAGAUAGAGAAAAUGAAAAUUAGAUUUAAAGUUUUAGAAGAUGAACUCCAUAAGCGUGAAGAUGCAAUCCUCAAGCUGAAGAGCAUUCUUGCCAAAAAUAGCAAAGAUUUGAAGCACAAAGAUGAAGAGAUUAAUAAGAUGUUGACCAGAAGGAUGAAUAAAGUAGAAAAUGUGGAAAGUGAGCAGAAAAGAGAAUAUGAAGCACAGAUAGAAGUUUUGAAGGAGAUGAUUGUUGGACUCAAAUCACAAAUAAAGGCAAAAGAAAUGGAUGGAUAUAGAUUAGAAUCAAAAGUAGUCAGUCUUCAGUCUCAAAUAGAUACUAUUAAAAAUCAAGAAAAGAAGUUAAAUUCCAUGUUGCGAAGCUCAAAGCCUCUAGCCUCUGAAUACUCCCCAGCAAUCCAAAAUACUAAACUAAAAGCCUCAACCAAUAGAGUUCGUGCUUCUCGAGAGAGCACUAGAUCCAAGCCACUUAUAAAAUCCACUCCAAAAGUGAAGAACCCUGCUAACAAAAGUAUGUAUGAAGACAUUUCUAACGAGUAUGGAAGUCCUCUAAAGCAGUCUAUCAAGAACAAGAAGACAUCUUCCAAACUCCAAAGCUCAAAGCCUGAUAUCCUUGUCAGCAGUAAGGCAAAAUCUAUAGUUGGUGACUCAGACUAAACAGGUUCAUAAAGAAAUUGAGGUUUAGCUCUUUGAUAACAAAUUUUGAGAAAUUAUU